AUGAAUGCCGAUGGUGAUUAUGCCUGUGAUGGCGACACUAUAACAGAGUUGCGUGACUAUAACUCCGACAACCCUAAGAUCGUCAUCUGCAAGAAAGACGGGUUUAGCCACGGAGGAAUUACCAAGGGUUAUAUUAGAUUUAGUGAGGUUGUGUGCGAAAAGUUCGAUCCGCGUAUGUCGUGGAAGAUGGAAAUGCUAGGAUCGAUUUUAUUGCAUGGAUACACCUACUAUACCAAGUUGGUUGUGUCAUCAUUGACCAAAGAAAUAGACGACCCUGCUUAUGGAGUCUCCGGGGCCCGAGUUAAUGAUAAGAGCUUGGCUACCAACAAUGCUGAUAGCUACUCUUAA